AUGGGCAAACGCGGGAAUAAAAAGGGUGGUGGUGGCGCAGGCAAUCGCGGUCGUCGACCAAAUUACUCCACGAUAUUAGUGAGGGAGAACGAAAAAUAUGAAAACUAUUACAACGGCCUCCAUAUUGUUCCUGAUGAUGAGAAGGAUGAUUUCUGGGCUGCUCUCAGACGAAAUUUGCCUAACAGCUUCCGAUUCACAGGAUCCAAAAGCCAUGCGCUCGCGGUACAAGAACGCUUGAAGGAUUUUUAUAUCCCUAAGAUUACGUCCAUCACACAUGAAGGCAACCCUGUUGACCCACCAAAGCCUGUACCUUGGUACCCAGACCAAUUAGCAUGGUCGAUGACAACUCCAAAAAGUGUGAUACGCCGAUUUGCACCAUUUGCUUCAUUUCAGAAGUUUCUGGUCGCAGAAACAGAUGUUGGAAAUAUCAGCCGCCAGGAAGUAGUGAGCAUGAUUCCUCCGCUGGUGCUCGACGUCCGCCCGGGAAUGACAGUGCUGGACAUGUGUGCUGCUCCAGGCAGCAAGUCCGCACAAUUGAUGGAGUUGGUACAUGCGGGAGAAGAGGAGAGGAUGGCGGAGAUUGCCAAGAGGCUUGAAUCUGUCGCUGAGGCUCAAAGAAAAGAGGGAACUGCAGACAUUCCUAAGCUGCUUAACGGCCAGAUGGGAUCAGAUGGUUUGGAGGAUGAUGGGAGAUCGACGGGAUUACUUAUCGCAAACGAUAACGAUUAUAAACGCGCCCAUUUACUAAUUCAUCAGAUGAAACGUCUCAACUCUCCCAAUUUAAUCGUUACAAAUCACGACGCUACGAUGUAUCCUUCUCUUAAGCUGCCAUCGCUGCCCCCACCGGAAGGGAAACCAGUGAGGAACAGAUACCUCAAGUUUGACCGCAUCCUAGCUGAUGUCCCUUGCUCAGGUGAUGGAACUACCCGCAAGAAUGUGAAUGUAUGGAAAGACUGGAACCCUGCCAAUGCGCUUGGCCUUCACCUGACCCAGUGCCGGAUCCUGACUCGAGCUUUACAAAUGCUGAAGGUUGGGGGAAGAGUGGUAUAUUCGACUUGCAGCAUGAACCCUGUGGAAAACGAAGCGGUGAUCGCAAGUGUUAUUGACAGGUGUGGUGGCCCAAGCAAGGUUCAUAUCAUGGAUUGCAGUAACGAGUUACCUGCAUUGAAAAGGUCUCCGGGUCUGUCAAGCUGGACCAUCAUGGACAAACAAGGAAGAACGUGGAGCAGCUGGAAAGACGUCGAAGAAGCAGUCUCUCAAGGUGAUGAUACGCUCAAUAGGAUAGUGGAGGGCAUGUUUCCUCCUCUGAAGGAGGAAGGAAUCGACUUAUCCCGAUGUAUGCGCGUAUAUCCCCAUCAGCAAGACACAGGGGCAUUCUUCAUCACUGUGCUUGAAAAGAUGAGCGACAUCAAAGCAAGACCUGAAGGAACUAAAAAGUCUACUGCAUCUUCAACAACCGAAACUACGAUGGAAAAUACGGCCGACCAAGACGGAACCCCGGCUCCCUCUGAGGCGGCUGCUGUAUCGGAUAAACUAGCCCCCAACGAAUCAGUCAUGGCUUCUGCAACGGUUCUUCCGAGCGCGCCAAAGAGGGCCUUUGACGAGUCGAGUGAAGAUCCUGCAAACAAGCGGCAAAAGGUGGAGGAUAGCCACCCUGAACCUCCUUCAGCUCCCUCUCCUGCGAAAGCUCCUGAAGAGAAAACCGACCAGAGCGCACAAGAAGUUCCGCCAACUCCAGGGGAUGCAGGGCCAAGUGAAUCUGUGCAACAUAAGCCAACCGAAUCUAUAGCGCCUUCUCUCCCCGCAAAACGCAGACCUGGCCAACCGAUGGAGGAACCAUUCAAAUAUCUACAUCCUAAGAGCGAAGAGUUUGAUCAGAUAUUCAGCUUUUAUGACAUAUCGCCUCAGUUCCCGAGGGAUCGUUUCAUGGUUCGAAAUUCCCAAGGCCGCCCAGCUAAGACGAUCUAUUAUACAAGCACCCUAGCUCGUGAUAUCCUUACCGCCAACGAAGGGGCUGGAAUAAAGUUUGUACAUUCCGGCGUCAAGAUGUUUGUUAAGCAAUAUGUGCAGCGUCAAGACGUCUGCCCGUGGCGCAUCCAGACCGACGGACUUGCAAUUCUUGAAUCCUGGGUUGGACCGCGCCGUGUGGUUAAAAUAUAUCACAAGGAAACCUUGCGGAAGCUAUUAAUUGAGAUGUUCCCCAAGGUAAACGAUAAUGGCUGGAGGCAACUAGGAGAGAUCGGCGAAUGGGCGAGGGAUGUUGACAUGGGAUGCUGUGUUCUGAGAAUCGAGCCCACAGAGAAUGAAGAUGGCUUCCGCGAACGUAUGGUUCUUCCGCUAUGGAGAAGCAUGUUCUCGCUGAACUUGAUGCUGCCCAAGGAGGAACGGCGUGCCAUGCUACUGCGAUUAUACGAUGAUGACACUCCACUGGUGAAUAUGACACAGAAGCGCAAAGAAGCUGCGGCUGCAACGCUCGAUCAAACAUCCGAUGCGGUGGACGCACCUACAGAUGCUCCAGUUGAGGACGUCGCUGAUGUGCGAACUCCAGCGGAUGACACAGAAACUCCUCGACCAGUGGAAGAGGACAAGGCUGGCGAUGUGACCAUGGCAGUGUAG